AUGACAAAUAUUGCAUCUCUUACUCAAUAUCUAAUUAAAGAUAAUUCAAUUCAACCAGGAAACUUUUACUUUUAUCUUGCUCAAUCAGGAGACCUUUGUAUUACAAAAAUAUUAGAAGUUAGUUUG